CUUUUUCGGGCUACAAAGUGAAACGUGUAGUAUAUAAACUUACAGUUAAUAUUAAAUUAUUAAGGAAGAAUUUUUACGCGUGUAACACUUUAAAUUUAAAAAAAGAUAAAGGACGAAGUAAAUAAAGGAGAAAAGUGAAAAAUGAAAUUUUUUAUAUAACUUUGGAUUGAAAUCAUCAAUUGUAAUAUUGAAAAAAAGGAUUAGGAUCAAGAAGAAAAAUUAAUUAGCACAAACACAAAACAAAAACAUUUUUAUAGCAAUUUUUUAAGUAAAUCAUAAUGAUUCUAAGAGUACAUUGAAGUAACAAAUAAAUUAUAGAAAUUUAUAAAAAAAUAUUAAAUGAUUAAAUGUUUAGAUGCUGAAAAAAAAUUCAAUAUGACCAAAAAAAAUAAAAUAUAAGAAAAAUUUAAUAAUGAUAAAAUUAUUCAAAUUUUUCAUAUUAAUUAGAUGAAAUUGUCAAAAAUUUCCUAUUUGAGAGAAAAAGAAGGAGAACAUAUUCUACAUCAAUCAACAAAAUAAAAAGAAACUGGCUGUAAAUUUCCGAAAUAUUCAUAAAAAAAGAAAGAGAGAGAAAAAAAAUUCAUACGUGAUAAAAAAAAAGAAAAUUCUUUUUGCGUUUUUUUAUUUUGUUUUUUUUUUUUUGUUUUGAAACACCACAAAUAACAUUCACAAUUAAAACAAAGGAAAAUCAAAGUACGACAAAAAAUUUUUUAAUUUUAAACAUUAAAAAAAAUCUUCCUUAAGAGUUUUGUUUUAUUUUAUAAAUAAAAAAAAAAUAUUUAAAAUUUAUGAAUAAUGGGCGAGUCUCUAGAAACAAAAGUCAUCUAUCAUAUUGAUGAUGAAACAACACCGUAUUUGGUGAAAAUACCAUUACCAUCAGCUCAAGUAACAUUAAAAGAUUUUAAAAUGGUGCUAAAUAAACAAAAUAAUAAUUAUAAAUAUUUUUUUAAGUCAAUGGAUGCUGAUUUUGGGGUUGUUAAAGAGGAAAUAGCAGAGGAUUCAACAAUUUUACCUUGUUUUAAUGGGCGAGUUGUUUCAUGGCUGGUAUCGGCUGAUGGUAGCAAUCAAUCGGAUAAUUGUUCGGAGGUACCAACAAGCGAAAUAGUAUGUAAUACAACACAACGAAAUUCAAAUAAAAUGAAUACAACCUUAGGGGGUAGCGGUGGUGGUGGAAUUGGAGUUGGUGGUAAUGGUUCUAAUAUUGGUAAUUUAAUACCAGGAAAUAUUGGAAGUGGAAAUGUUUUGUCUUCAACUUUAACUGGUGGAUUAAGUGGAGGUGGUGGUGGUAUAACUGGUAAUCAUCAAAUGAUGCCACCGUUAACAUAUCAACAAACUUCAAUAUUAUCAAGUGAUUUAGAUUCAACAAGCUUAUUUGGUACUGAAAGUGAAAUAACAUUAGACAGAGAUAUGACUGAAUGUAGUAGCAUACAAAGAUUACAAGUACGAAAAAAACCUCAAAGGCGUAAAAAACGUGCCCCUACAAUGUCACGUACAUCAAGUUACAGCUCAAUAACAGAUUCUACUAUGUCUUUAAAUAUAAUAACAGUUUCAAUUAAUAUGGAAGCCGUAAAUUUUUUGGGUAUUUCUAUAGUGGGUCAAUCGAAUAGGGGUGGUGAUGGUGGUAUUUAUGUUGGAAGUAUAAUGAAAGGAGGUGCUGUUGCUUUAGAUGGACGUAUUGAACCCGGUGAUAUGAUUUUACAGGUAAACGAUGUCAACUUUGAAAAUAUGACAAAUGAUGAAGCCGUUAGAGUUUUAAGAGAAGUUGUACAAAAACCAGGUCCUAUAAAAUUGGUGGUUGCUAAAUGUUGGGAUCCUAAUCCAAAAGGUUAUUUUACGAUUCCUCGAACAGAACCGGUUAGACCAAUCGAUCCUGGCGCAUGGGUUGCACAUACACAAGCGUUAACAUCACAUGAUAGUAUUUGUCCCGAUAUUUCAGAACCAAUUAAAGAACGUUUAGACCGAAAUAAUUUAGAAGAAAUCGUAAAAGCAAUGAUAAAGCCGGAUAGUGGUUUAGAAAUUCGAGAUAGAAUGUGGUUAAAAAUUACAAUUCCCAAUGCUUUUAUAGGGGCUGACGCAGUUAAUUGGGUGCUUGAAAAUGUUGAAGAUGUACAAGAUCGUAGAGAAGCAAGACGAAUUGUGUCUGCAAUGUUACGAAAUAAUUUAAUUAAACAUACAGUAAAUAAAUUAACAUUUUCUGAGCAAUGCUAUUAUGUUUUAAGUGACGGAAAGAAACCAACAUGUUAGUAUACUUAUAAUUGGAAAAAAACACAAAAAUAUUUUUUUAAGCGUGUAAAUUAUAAAUUAUUUCGAUUUAUUAAAGGUCCAUCGAAUGUUAGUUUGGGAGAAACAGAAAGCAUUACCAGUGAUAUUGCACCAUUGCCAAAUCCUCCCUUAUACAUGCCAUAUUCAGCUCACUAUAAUCCUAGUCAUGGAUAUCAGCCUAUACAAUACGGCUGUACGGAUAGACAUAUAUCGUCAGGUUCCAGUAGUUCAGAUGUUUUAACGAGUAAAGAUAUAUCAGCUUCACAAAGUGACAUAACAUCAAUUAUACAUCAAACAAAUCAAAUGACUAUUACAAAUGGAUCAAAUAAAUCAUCGGGAUCUUCAAAUCGUGGAAAUACUGAACAAGAUGUUUCUGUGUUUAAUUACGUGUUGUGAAUACCUACCUAUCUAACCCUAUUUUUGAGAAAUCAAUCUUUUCCCCCUUACAAAAUUAUGAAAAUAUGUUUUUUUUUCUUUUAAUUUUAUAUUUUUUAAUUAAAAUUGUUUUUUAAUUAAUUACAUUUUUUUGGGCCAUAUUAGAUAAGCAAGUAGCAACAAAUCGAUUUUAUUUAAAAAUUUUGAGAAAUUAUUUCGUCUGUAUAUUUGCCAAAUAUUAUGGUAUCUAAAAAUGCUGCUAUAAAUGUAAGUCGUCAUUCAUUGCUUUUUUUCUAAGUUUUCGCACAAUUAACAUGUUGUUUGAAGCAAUCAAAUAAUUUAAAUUAUGUGAUUAGUAAAUGUUAAUUUUAUAUAUAAGUAGUAUUCAGUUUUGAGAAGUUACUUGUUUCGAAUUAAGUGCAACCAAAUAUUUGCAAUUGAAAAACAAUUUGUCAUUUGUGUGGAGAUAGCCUCCUGACAUGACCGAUAGUUUGACUAUACUCCUCUAGAAUAGUGAAAUAAAAUUCGUAAGAAUGAAUUUUUUUUAGUCGAAAAAGAAUUCAUUUAAAAAUUUGCAUUUUUAACAAAAUUGGAAAAAUCGAUUUGUUUCUUUUUUUUUUGUUUUGUUUCUUAUAUUUUUUUAUGGGGGAACAAAAUGAACACUGUGUUGAAAAGGCAGAUUAAAAAAUAAUUUAGCAAAGCAAAUGAAGAAAAAUGAAAAAUAAAUAACGGAAACAAAAUUUAAUCCCAGAAAAAGGGAAAAGGAAAACGCAAAUUGAAAGAAAACAAAGUAAUAUUUAUUCCUUAGUUUAAAAAUUAAAACAAAAUAAAAAUUCUGUAUUGCAUUGUAUAAUAUAAUUAUAAAAAUAAAUUAAAAAAAUAAAAACAAUAUUUUAAGCAUGUAACAUGA